AUGGAUCAGCUUCAUUUUUCCAAGCUCUUGUUUUCGCUGGUUCUUUUGUGUUCUCUACCAGUUAUCAUGUGUAGGGAACUGAAGAGUAAUCCCAAAUCGAAAACCAGUACCCUUUUUGAGAGGAUGAAAUUAGAGGGAAGAAGCAACACAAAUUGCUGGGAUUCACUGUUUGAGCUCCAGUCUUGCACCGCCGAAAUCGUUCUGUUUUUCCUCAAUGGAGAGACAUACCUUGGUCCGGGCUGCUGCAAUGCAAUAAGGACUAUUCAGCAUCAGUGUUGGCCUUCCAUGCUUGGUUCUGUUGGGAUUGAUCAGGAAGGGAGUGAUGUUCUUUUGGGCUACUGUGAUACAAGCGAUGGCGAUGACUCUGGCGACUCGGGAUCUCCUCCCCAAGUCGUAGCUCCCAUCGCCAAUACCACCACAUUCCAUGUUGUCAAUCCUUAG